AAAAAUAAUAUUUACUUGUCUCUUUAACAAUCUCUAUAGUCCUUGUUUUGCUUGUUCAAUAACCCCAAAAUAGCAUACAUAUAUCGCAUUUGACUAAGCCACUGGAUAUAUCAACUAACUAACCCUAAUCAUUAGCUUUUUUUUUGUUCCUUUUCCUCUCAUUUAUUCAAUUCCUUUUUUCAUUUAUAUAAUCAUUAUCUCAAGCUAAAACAUAGUUACAUUUAUCUACAUAUUUGGAAAUAGUUGGAAUAGAUAAUUGAUUGUAGCAGGUUUGUGAGGAAAGAAAAGAAAGAUGAAGGAUGCGGAUGUAUCAAAGCAGAUCCAGCAGAUGAUUAAGUUCAUCCGCCAAGAAGCCGAGGAAAAAGCUAACGAAAUUUCGGUUACAGCCGAGGAGGAAUUCAAUAUUGAGAAACUACAAUUACUUGAGGCUGAGAAGAAAAAGAUCAAACAGGAAUACGAGCGGAAAAGCAAACAAAUCGAUGUUCGUAGAAAGAUUGAAUACUCGAUGCAGUUGAAUGCAUCGCGUAUAAAAGUGCUUCAAGCACAAGAUGACACUGUGAAUGCAAUGAAGGAAGCUUCUAGAAAGGCUCUCUCACGUCUCGCUAAUGAUAAGAAAGUUUACAGGAAACUCCUCAGGGACUUGAUUCUACAGGGUUUAGUGAGGAUGAGGGAACCAUCGGUGAUAAUAAGAUGCAGAGAGAGUGAUAAGAAGUUAAUUGAGUCAUUGAUUGAGGAAUGCAAGAAAGAUUACAUGGAUAAAAUGCGACUCCAGCAACCACCUAAGAUCACCAUUGAUGAGCGUGUUUAUCUCCCACCACCACCUAAAAACGGCAACGGCGCCGAUUCUCUUGAACCUUUUUGCAAUGGAGGAGUAGUAAUGGCUUCGGAGGAUGGGAAGAUAGUGCUGGAGAACACCCUUGAUGCACGCUUGGAUGUUAUUUUUCGCCACAAAUUGCCCGAGAUUCGGAAACGCUUGUUAGGUUGAACAUACAAGAGAUUUCUAAUUUCUUUUCAUCAGCAAGUGGAAGAUCAACCACAUUGCCUCCU